GAGGUGCGUUGCGAUUGGUCGUCCCGUUCGCAUUCAAGUUGUCAAACGGCGGACAGCCGUUAAGAAAGCGGUUGGGAGUUUAACAUCGUAACGCUGGCGACUUCGACUAAUUUUUGCGUUUCGUUUCCCGAAUUUAAGCUGUUCUCACGCUCUGAUAUCGCAUCGAGACAACUGCCGUUAAAAUCGACCAAAGGUGAUUCUAAAGUUUGGCGGGAAUUCGUGACCAGAGGAAGCCCCUUUGUUUCCAACAUCGUGAAGAGUGAACGUGAAUGCUGACGCUGAUCGUUUCAAGUGUUUCUCGAUUUGGAUACGAAACGCGUCGCAAUUCAAAGUGAUUUUCGGUGAACCCACGUCUGUCAAUAGUGUAACGGCGAAUGCAUUUAAUGAACCCAACAAGGACUGUUUAACAAAUAUUCGUGCGAUAUUGCCAGGAUGUCAAGUCCGAGGAGCAUCAGUUCGGUUCGUGAAGGAACCAGGGUGGUGCUUCGCGAAAUCACCGCAUCCCUUCACAAUUCGCCUCCGAUGCAGUCGUCUCAUUUCAAGAGCGGCAACGACAGUUCGCUACAGAAGACAGCAGAGCAUGAGGUGAAGGUCCGUUUCGCUCGGGAGUUCGCCGACGUCGGAUCGAUUGGUUAUUCGGUCCCAGAGUCCCUGUCCUCGGCGAGCAGUUUCCAGAGCCUCAGCAGCACCCUCAGCACAAAGAGCAGCAGCGGCAUAUGCCCGGAUUCGGUGCCCCAGAGCCCGGACCAGAUAUCGAACACCUCCUACGCGAAUCCAACUAUACCGGACGUCGAUGAUCUGAUUCACGGUUGCGCGGGGAUCAAGAUCAACAACGACGAGGACACCUCGUACAGCUGUCUCCAGGACACGCAGGACCUCAGUCAGGAUCAGACAUUCGCAUCCGCCACCGACGAGCCGAUCGCUGACCUCACGAGGGAGCUAGUCACCGACAGCUCGCUGGUCGAGUCUUGUAACGUCACUCAGAUUAUCGAGACCGGUUCCUGUUCGGCUGUCAAUCUCACGCAGGACCUUCAGGAUCGACCGAUUCUGCUGACGCCUGUGAUACAGACAGAGGAGCCCACGGAGAAACCGAUUUCUCCCAGCGAGAACAAUGACUUGAUUCCUAGCCUUCAGACCAGCAGCUUCGACGACGUCGAGGAGCUUCCACUGCCGCCGCUCAGCACAGAGGAGUCUAACUUACAUUCUACGGUUUGCCUGUCGUCCGACUUUCCGAGCCUAGAUGCGUCUAGAACCGAGGAGCUGGUCGUAGAUGAGGAUAUUCAGAUACGGACCGAUUCUGUAAUUGUAAAUACUAUACCCUGCGCCGCGUUAGACUCUGUAACUUCGGUGUCGACGUUUACGGAACAUGUGGAGGACUUAUCGUUGCCUAGUCUACCGACCUUGACCUCGUUGCACAUAACAGAUUCCUCGCGACAGUCCGAGAACGAUGCUCGUGAGGCUGACAAGAGUUCAUUGGCCGAACUUCUAUCGCCCGUGAAUGACUCGAAUGUCGCGAUCACCGAGCAGCCCAAGAAUUCAUCGAACAACGUCGACCCAGCGACCGAGGAUAAUAUUAAUAAGGAACUAGGGACUAUUUCGUCCGACUUCUGUGAUGCCGCGAUCAGUAGGGAGAGCUGCACAAACUUAUUGAAUGAGACUUCUCUCUUGUUACCAAGAACGCCUGAGAAAACUGAGGAGAACUUGGAGACCAGCGAGCCAGUAGAGACUGAAAGCGAGAAAAUUGUUAGCGACAUUGUAGUAACUCCAAAGGUAGAUAGCUUCGAGGUGGUUGUCACCCCUUUAGUAGAGAAAGAGGUCGAAGAAGUUAAGUCUGAUGACUUUGUGGACGCUCCAGAGGUGUUAGAGACGAUAAAUGUAAUAGAAUCUGUGAAGGAGGUAAAAGAGGACAAAGAACUUUCCAAUGAAAAAUUAGAUAGGACGUUAACUUUUGAAGAUGCAUUGUUGGAUGCCGAGAUCGUGCCGGUAGAAGAGCAGUAUAACGAAUUCAAGCCUCAAAGGCAAAGCACUACGCUAGCAUUGCCUACUGACAUCGAGCAACCAAACUUUGAUGAACUAAAGUCGGCUGCUGAGCAGAUAGCAAAUGAUAUUUUCAAGUCCUCGCUUGAACUCCCAGAAGAAAGUGACCGUUUUGUUACCGCAACUUCUGACAUAUUUCAAGAUCCGACGAGCUUCGAUUUUUUGAUAGCCCACGGUAAUUCCAGAACCAAAAGUCGUCUCAGAGCGCAAUCGUUGUAUGUGAAGUUCGACCCAUUGGUGGGGGAUACCAGCAUGUUACCCCAAGGGAAUACAGAACCAAUUAACGACGAAGAACAGAAUGGGAAAACCGAGAGCCCACCGCCAAGCAUCUGCACACCAAAACGUAAUCCUGCUAUAGCGGCCAUAGACAGAUUACUGUUUUAUAGUCCCAUUACCACAGGCAUGACACCAAAAAUGGAAGAACCUAAAGAGAAAAUCGAACAGGCUACUGAUGAGCCAAAAUCAGACACACCGCUCAUGAAUGAUGUUAAUAUGAGCAAGGAGUUGGAGUUAGUGAGAGCAACCGUGUUACAAUUAGAAGAAGAGCUGGAGAAACAGAAGAAGGAUCACAAGGCGGAAUUGGAAAGGCAGAAAAAUGCUUUCCAGGAGAAAAUUAAUCAGUUACAGACACAAAUGGCUCAGGAGGUAAAGAGUACAUCUCAGAUGACGGUCGUAGUCGAGGAAUAUGAGAAAUCGAUUAGUCGACUGCUCACGGAGAGAGAAAGGGACCGCACGAAUUUCGAGCAAGAGAAGGCGAAACUACAAGAAGAAUUGCAAGCGACGAACGUUCAUUUGUCGAACACUGAGGCUGCGUUUAACGAUGUACAUCAAAAAUACGAAAAGGUGAAAGGAGUCGUAUCGGUAUAUAAAAAUAAUGAGAUAGUGUUAAGAGAAGGUAUCCAGGAAAAUAUGGAAACUAUAAAAUGCUUACAAACGCGGUACGAUAGUUUGAAGAACCAUGCCGCCUCUCAGUUGGAGAAGGCUAAUUCUGAUUUGGAGAAUAUACGAAAGCAACACGAAGAUGAAAUAGUCAAGCUUCAUGCUAUGGUAAGGAAAGCAGAGCUUAAAAGUAACUCGCUGGCCGAACUGGUUGAACAGAAGGCUAAAGAAAACAAAGAACUGACACAAAUAUUGGAUGAGGUGAUCGCCAGGGUAGGUCACCAGAACGCAGAAUAAAAAUGCCGAUAAAUAAACGAGUAUCGCGGCUGCAAACGCGAUUAGUCUUUAUUUUUUUACUCGCCCUCCUUGAUGUUUUAGACACAACCGUAUGCUAGAUAUGAAGGAUCUAUAUUAUAUAUAUAUAUGUACAUGUAUACAUGCGUUGUUUCUAAAAUUAAUUGCAAAUUACGUUUUUAUUUUAAAAAAAAGCACCUUUUAUUAAUUAUUUAUAAGUUGUGAAAUAUAUAUAUAUA